AUGCCGUGGAACCACGAGGACUUCAUCGUAAGACUUCCUGCCUGGAAGGCCCAGAAAGACACAGCCGCCUCCGAAACGGUGCACUCUAUGACAAUUCCACUGGGCACCAGUUUCUCUAUCGGUGGACCGAUGGGUCUGUCCACUCUGAGUCAGCAACUCCAAAACCUGCUGACUACCAGUCUUUCACAGCCUCUCGAUCUACUUCACCAGAGUGCUCAGGGUAGGGCACAAGGCGCCCCUUCAGGUGGCAAUGGCAUGACUGCCGUGCUUGGACCUUUUACCUGGGUCCUCAAUAACAAUCUUGGAGGCGCACCAGUUGUCAGCGGCGCUGCCGCGAGGUCGUCCACGGACGCCGAGUUCGAAGAGUUGACCGGCGAGACUGGCCUCACUCUGCUACCGGGCGUUCUAAUUGAGGGCAUACUUGACAAUAACUGCUCGUCUGACCAACGCAUUGCUGAAAUGCGUUUGGUGGAUCGACUUCGGCUAGUGGUAGAACAUUCAUGA